UGCCUCCUCUCACUCGCUCGCGAACGUCGUCCAAGCCAUUGCGUGGUGAAUUAAUUCUCUCCCACUCCCAUAGUCCCAUGUCCCGUCCCACAAUGAUAUAGCCGCCGCCGCCACUCUCCUGCUCCGUUGCACCCGCCAAGAACCGGGACAAGCAACCAGUCCUGCCAGUUCUUGGCGCACGCUUCCUUUGUGCUGUGUGUCUUGCUGCUAAUAGAGCUGUCUUCUCGGAGUUCUUGAGCCUGGGCUGGUGGUGGUCGAGUCCCUGCAUCGAUCCCCGGUGGUGAGUCCGAGUUCUUGGCGCCGUGUUGCGGAGUGCAUGAGGCGGGGCUGUGCAGGGGGAGGGACGAAACCUGGGGAAGGAGGCGGGGGAGGCGCUGGGGCUGCUGGGCUGCGUCAAUGAGGUGGUGGCUGCGGUGGCGGCGACGUGGGGGCCCAUGACCGACGGGGCGCGCGUGGAGGCGGCGCCGCGGCUCGCGCAAUGGCGCGUCGACGCGCUCCCCUGCUACACCAACCGCAAGUCCCUCCCUUUCCGCAUCGGCCUCUGGAACUGGUACCUAUCUGUGGAGAGAAACAACAAGCAGACUUAUGUUAAGCUCUUUGCAGAGAAUUCAAAUUCUACCAAGGACGCAGCCCCAGCCCCAAUAGCUUCCUUUGUCACCAAACUUCUCAUAUCUUUUCCUCCUAAUCAAAAGACCAUAGUUCACCCAGGAAUUUUUGACAAGCAGCUGAAACACGACGGUUUUGUGUGGGCAAUUGAUAGUACCGUUACAGGGAGAUUUGUGAUUGAGAUAGACUUUCUUGACCUGAAGGUUGCAGAUCCAUCUGGUGGCGAACCGGCCUCAAUCUGGACCUCCUACCAGGUCAAGCAGUCUUCAGACAACACCGCACUGUCAGCUCUCGCUCGGAUGCUGCAAGAGGACAUGCUCACCGACAUCACGAUCAACGCCGCCGACGGCAGCGUCCGGGCCCACCGCGCGAUCCUCGCCACCCGCUCACCCGUCUUCCGGAGCAUGUUCUCGCACGACCUCAAGGAGAAGGAGCACUCCACCGUGGACAUCUCCGACAUGUCCCUCGUCGCGUGCCGGGCCUUCCUCGGCUACAUCUACGGCGACCUGCGCGGCGAGGAGUUCCUCGCCAACAGGCUGGCCCUCCUCAGGGCCGCCGACAAGUACGACAUCGCCGACCUGAGGGAGGCGUGCCACGAGAGUCUGCUGGAGGACAUCGACGCUGGCAACGUGCUCGAGAGGCUCCAGACCGCGCACCUGUACCAGCUGCCGAAGCUCAAGGGCGGUUGCUUGAGGUACCUAGUGGAUUUCAGGAAGGUGUACGAGAUGCACGACGAUUUCAACGCGUUCCUGCAGACUGCGGAGAGGGACCUGGUGGCUGAAGUGUUCCAUGGUGUUCUUGCAGCAUGGAGCGGGCGGUAAGGAUGCCAUGGAAUGUGUGUAUCUUGGUUGGUUGAGGUGCUUUGGAGGGUUCUUGCUGGAAAAGCGUGUAAAUAUACAUAUAUACAGUAUAUACGUGCCAGUAGCUGGCCUGAAAUUUAAUGUGUAUACCUUGAUUGGAUUUUGUUCUCAUCAUGUCAUGUGUAAAUCUAAUCAUUGUAUCUUA